GCGCAGCAUUCAAGGACGGGCUGGUGCACAUCUCGUGCAUUGCAGCUGGCCGCGUCAAGGACGUCUCUGAGCACUUGGACGUCGGUGAGAAAGUUUGGGUCAAGGUUGUAAACAUCAACCAGGAGGAGGGGAAAUUGGGACUGGACAUGAGAUAUGUGAGCCAGGAAAAUGGAAAAGACCUCGAUCCAGGCAACAGGGAAGGACGCUUGCCCAAAGAGGGCGGCAAACAGAAGCGUCAAAGCACCGAGGAUCUGGUGAAGGACGCCAAAGCCAUGAUGGACGAAAUAAAAAAGAUGAAGCAGGAGACCAAGCUAAAGAAAAAGUUCUUGAAGAAAGAAGCAAAGAAAGCGAAGAAGCUGAAGAAAAAGCAGAAGCAGAUGGAGAAAGCAGCAAAAAAGGAGGGCAAAGAAGGCAAAGAAAAGGAGAAGGACAAAAAAUCCGAUGACGACAGCAGCUCCUCAUCUUCCUCAUCAUCUUCCAGUAGCUCCCUGUCAGAAGGUACACAGGCUCGACUGCGGAAGGAGUAUGGCAUUCCCAAAACAGUCAUCAAAACGGAUGAGGGCAAGAAGCCGAACAGCAAGGAAGAUACUGGGAGGAUCACACUACGAGAAGCUGGAGAAGUUGGUAGAGAGAGAGGUGGCCGCAGUGAAGGCAAGCCUGCGCGACCCACAGCCGAGGCAGCAGACCUGGAGGCUCUGGGGAAGUUCCCAUCUCGGAAACGCAGAGAGCGGGAGCAUUAUGACAGGGAUGACCGUGAUGACCGGUACCCAGAAGAUAGACGCCGAAGCCCUGGCAGGCGACGCAAUCGUGGGAGGUCUGACAGCCGCGCUCCCCGCAGGAGGCGCGAAGCCAGUGACUCUCGCAGCUUCCGACGCCCUACCCGGCGGCAGCAGAGCCGGGGUGAUAGCCGGGAUAGACGAAAUGAGUCCCGCGACUCACGGCGGCCGAAGGAGGCAAGCCCAGAAGCCCGGCGGUCUGAAAGAAAAGAGGAGCCACGGAAGCAGGACAAAGCAGAGCGCGAGAACCGUCGCCUGUAUGCCAGCGGGGCAGCCAGUGACCUCGAGAAGGACACAGGCAAGGCUGACAAUGCUGACAGGGCAGAAAAGAAAGGUAAGAAGCCUAAGGAGAAAAAGGAGCAGCCUGAGGACAAGCCGAAGAAGUCCAAGGACGAAGCUCCAGCGAAGACAAAGGCCAGCAAGGGAGAAAAGGAAAAGAAACCUAAGAAAGCCAAUAAAGACGAGGAGGACGCACCGCCAGCAAAGAAGAGGCGAAACAAGCAGUGA